AUGUCGUUUAAUUUCAACUUUCAAUCAAUCCAACAGUCUUUACAAAAGACUACGAAGUCUCUCAGUGAUUCUUUGCAACAAAAUCUUAACAGCCUUCCAAGUGCUGAAAAGGUCACCAGCUCUCUUCAAAGUAAUUUGAACAACUUGGGAAAGGAAGUUUCAAACUUGAAGCCGAUUCUACAAAGAACCAGAAGAUCAUUACAGGAGAAACUUGGAUCAACAAGUGAUAUAAGCGAACUUCCUCAGGAGUACAAGGAUCUAGAGAAGCAGACAGAUGCUUUGAAAAACUUUUACAAGAAGCUCCUUCAGGUGACACGUCAAUAUGAGAUUGAGAGCUAUGAUUAUCCACCAAACUUGAAGGAGUCGCUAAAUGACUACACCAAGAUCUUAAACCAGAAGAUAAACGGUCUUUCUCAGGCAACAACUACCACUGAGGCAGAGGCCGUGCUUUUGAGACCAACAAAGGACAAAUAUCCAAAAACGUUUGCUCAUCAAUUCUCUAGGGUCUUGGAUGAAGUGAAGAAGGCACUCUUGGGUGAUGGCGAGCAGACUGCAGAAACGAAAACAGAUUCAUCUCUAACAAAGGCAGUUCAGUUUGCCUCAAAUAGCGAGUUCAAGUUGGGGGAUGAAAGAUUGGAACAGGACAAGCUUGUUACCAGCGAGUUUAACAACAAGAUUCGUAAUAUCUUAAAGACACAGUUUUCAAGAGCUGACAGACUAAGAAGAAAGGUGGAGACUGCAAGGCUAAACUUUGACACUGUGCGUGCUGAAAUCAAGGAGAUCAAGAAGGGUGAUGAAACUGUUGAAGUUCCUGAUGCGAAAAGCAAGCAGCUUGAAGCCGCCGAGGAUGAACUCGUGAAUGCAACAGAGUCAGCUGUCGAGGCUAUGAAAGAAUUGAUCAAGACAGAAGAGCCAGUGAAUUUGAUAACUGUUUUGACUAAGAUUCAGCUAAACUAUCACAAAAGUGCAACCGAAGAGCUUUCCGAAUUGGCAGAGGAGCUAGGAGCGUUGAAUGUUGCUGGGGAGGAUGAUGUUCAGGAGACUGAGAGUUGA